AUGCUGAAAGCCUUCUAUGAAGUUCAGUAUAAAAUGUUAGUUCUAUUCCUACUAUUUUUGGCAGUCCCAGAAUUUUCUGCGAAGGAUCCAAGAUGCCCGGGAAACUUUACGUAUUUCAAGAGAACACCGACGGCAAAAAAUAACUUUACAAAGGGAUGGUGCUUGGGGAUUUUCAAUGAAACGGAUCUGGGAAAUCGCGACCGAGCCCGUUCAGUAUGUAUCUAUUACAAUGCGUCGUUGAGUAUUCCAGAAAAUUCACACGAACUCGAAGUGAUUUCUAAGACUGCUAGCUUGAGAAACAUUUCCGUACCAAUCGCUCUUGAUGGACAACUCUCUCCAAGAUGCAAAUUCGCAAUUUACAAAGGACAAGUAAAGGGUGCAAAACGAUUUAAUCAAACUUCUGAAGAAGGAAUUUGCAAUAUUAAAUAUGAAUUGUUCAUAUAUGAUGAUAUUAAUACGGAUACUUCAUUCAUUCGCACAAAGCUAGGUGUUUCGGCAGGAUCAAACGUAAGAAGUGUACAAGCUGAUGAUGAUAUCGAGUAUCGCAGUACAGCAGAUUGUACCGUUUUGGAAAAAGGAUCGUAUCACUAUUCUAAUGGAACACUAAAAGAUGGGCACACUAAUUUGAUGGAUUGUAUGGGACAGCUAGCUGGCUCCAAGAGGCUACCAGAAAAAAAUGUCACCGCCGUUCUUUGUGGCCGAUUGCCGUUCUAAGUAAAUGUAUUCUAUCAUUUCUGGAAAGAUUAAUUUUCAAUAUUUAAUAAAUAUUAUAUUUCCGAAA